AUGGCUAUGGAACGCACUCGUAUUGCGAAAGUUGACAAUGUCACAUUGUCGCGCCGGGGUGAACAGGUCAACGGUACUGUUCAUCUAACUCCUCAUCACAUCAUCUUCGUUCACACACCUCCUCCUGCUCCCGAUGGCACACCUAUACGACCGCGCGAGCUAUGGAUCACGUACCCGAUCAUUCAAACCUGCACACUCCGGCCCACCCCUACCGCAUCCAGACAGCCUAGUUCUAUCCGGUUACGUUGUCGUGACUUCACAUUCGUCUGCUUCUACUUCAAUGAUGACCGGAAAGCAAGAGAUGUUUACGAUAGUAUCAAGGCUUGGACCUGCAAAUUGAGUGGGAUUGAGAAGUUGUAUGCCUUCACGUAUCAACCUCAAGGACCAGAAAGAGAUGUCAGCCCAAAUGGAUGGUCACUGUAUGAUCCCAUGCGGGAGUGGAGGAGAAUGGGCAUUGGCCAUGACAAUAAGAAGUCAAACUGGAGAAUAUCUGUAAUAAACCAGGACUAUGCCCUUUCGGACACAUACCCUGCCCUGUUAGCAGUUCCUGUUUCCAUUUCCGACAACACCCUCAACUAUGCCAGUCGCUAUCGAUCCCGUGAGAGAUUACCAGUCCUUACCUACCUUCACCCAGUUAACAACUGCUCAAUCACACGGUCUUCACAGCCACGAGUCGGCGUUCGUGGCAACCGAAGCAUUCAAGACGAGAAGCUCCUGGCAGCAAUAUUUGACACUACCCGAGCCGAACGUCCUCUAUCCGGUUACACUCCACCUCCGGAGCGAGAAGACUCUGGGUCCAGCCGAGAGACCAACUGUACGACCGCUGUAGAUGGAGAUUUCCAGCCGACAGACGCAGAAGCUCUCGAGGACGCCGUGAUUUCUAGCCUACGAGGGGAUAGCAAGCUGUCCCAAGAGCUCGACAACAAGCGGCCUAUGGUUUAUGGAGCCCAGCAGCGCAACAUGAUUGUCGAUGCCCGUCCUACAGUCAAUGCUCUAGCAAUGCAAGCCAUGGGCAUGGGUUCCGAGGAUAUGAGCAACUACAAGUUUGCGACCAAGGUGUACCUUGGUAUUGACAACAUCCAUGUCAUGCGCGACAGUCUCCAAAAAGUGAUUGAUGCUCUGAAAGAUUCGGACCUGACACCAUUGGGCCCCAAUCGAGAUCUAUUGAGGAAGAGUGACUGGUUGAAGCAUAUUGCCAAUGUCCUAGAUGGUGCGGGAUUGAUCGCUCGCCAGGUGGGACUGCAACAUAGUCACGUACUGAUUCACUGCAGCGACGGGUGGGACAGAACGAGCCAGCUCUCGGCGCUCAGUCAGAUAUGUCUUGAUCCUUACUACAGAACUCUUGAAGGGUUUAUGGUACUGGUCGAGAAAGACUGGUUGAGUUUUGGGCACCAGUUCAAACAUCGAUCAGGUUUUCUCAGCUCGGAGAAGUGGUUCCAGAUCGAAAAUGAACGUAUCACCCGAGGCAGUGAUGAUGGUGAUGGGAGAGACCCGGGCGGCGGAGCAAUGUCAGGGGCGCAAAAGACAUUUGAAAACGCUCUGUUGAGUGCCAGGGGUUUCUUUUCCAACAGCAGACACAACGAUUCGCGCGAAUCAAUCAAUGUCGAUUCGGACGCAGAACCUAGUGCAAGCAACGAUACAGAGUCGCAGGCUGGACGGAGAAUCGUCCCUGGUACUCCUUCAAGAAAAGACAAGGAGAAACCCGCGACCAAAGUCAAAGAAACCUCGCCCGUAUUCCAUCAAUUCCUGGAUGCGACAUAUCAACUCAUGUACCAACAUCCUACCCGAUUCGAGUUCAACGAACGAUUCCUACGGCGUCUCCUCUAUCAUCUUUAUUCCUGUCAGUAUGGAACGUUCCUCCUUGACAGUGAGAAAGAGCGUAAGCAGGCGAAACUGUCUGAGAAGACGAGGAGUGUCUGGGAUUAUUUCCUCGCACGUAAGAAUGAAUUCCUCAACCCGAAAUACGAUGGAGUUGUGGAUGACAACGUUCGUGGCCGAGAAAGAAUAAUUCUACCAACAAUUGACGAAGUCAGAUGGUGGCAUGAAGUCUUUGGACGCACAGAUGACGAGAUGAAUGGCAAACCUGCCCCCGCAAAGCCUCACACUAACGGUAACGGAGAAGGCGAAACAGAGUUGUGGACUUCGGUAGGCAGACAAUCGGGUCCUUCUUCCAUGCCUACAUCGGGGGCCAGAACUCCUGUCCUCAUUGGUGUUGAGACCAGUGAGGCCGCUGUUGCAGUGACUGCGUCUUCUAAGCAGCAGGUGGCAGCGGACACAGCAGAAGCAUCAAUCAAGCCAGCAACAGUUGGCAAGUCUGCCUCCGAUUUUCCUUCCGGCUGUCUGGACCCCGAUGAGGUACCGAUGUCGGCGUCUAGAACCGAUGAACCCGACACUCCAGUGCCGAACGGGCCACAAAAGAAGGCUUCGGCUGGAAGACCUGUCAGCAUUGGGUCUGUGGAGGCUAGCGAUGGGCAACAACCACCUGUGGACCCAACUGACACAACAGCAAUCGACCCUCCAUCACAAUCGGAGCAGACGCUCUCACCAGAUCAACCAGGCAAGGAGACCGAUGCUGCUGAAGAACUGGCAGAUGACCUCGACCCCUUGGGGAUUGGUGAGGCUAAGGACCACGUACCACAAUCCAAGAGAGCGCACAAUGUCAUCGAGCGGCGACGGGAGCAGAUGGAAUCGUUGUUGAAAUGA